GUCCAGACAUCAAAUCUCAUCUGACCGAAGUCUCCGGGAAGCUGAUCCUCACCUGCAACAUGACAGCGCCUCACCCGGCCAUCGAUGGCCACGAGUGGAUGCAUGGGGACAAGGUCCUGCACACCGACGUGGAGUCCGGUGCUGUCACCAGCUACACAAUCGAGGGGAAGAUGGAAGAGCACUCUGGCAUCUAUGAGUGUGUCUACAAAACGAGCCCAGUGAUAAAGGGACAAGUGACUGUUUCAGUUGCCCCCCAGGUGAUGGCGUACAAGAAGUCUGAGCAUGGGAAUGAGGGGGACACGGGCGUGAUGAUCUGCAAGAAUCCCUCUUUCCCCCCUGUCAGCUCCUGGGUCUGGUACAAGAAUGGUCAGGAGGUGAGUGCUCCCAUCGUCAAUGGGUCCGGUCGGUACAUCAUCAAGUCCACGGGCAACAAGACGGAGCUCCGCAUUCUCAAGCUGAACAUCGAGGAGGAUACCGGCGACUACCACUGCAACGCCACCAACUCCCAGGGCUUUGGCGGUGCCACGGUGAACCUGCGCGUGCGCAGCCGCCUGGCAGCGCUCUGGCCCUUCCUGGGUAUCGUGGCAGAAGUCCUCGUUCUCGUCACCAUCAUCUUCAUCUAUGAGAAGAGGAGGAAGCCAGAUGAGGUUCUGGAUGAUGAUGAUGGAGGUUCUGCACCACUGAAAAGCAAUGCCACAAACCACAAGGACAAGAAUGUCCGCCAGAGAAAUGCUAACUGAGAGCUGGGGCCAGGUGAUGUGUGGCUGAAGAACUCGUCUGGACAAUUUUGUUUUCUUUUAAUUUUUUGUUAAAAUAGCAUCAUGAAAUACUAUAGUGCAUCCUUGCAAUUCAUUUACUUCACUUUCUAAAGAAACUUAAGUUGUAGAAUCUAAAAUACACUUUUUUUUAAAGAGUUGUGGGAGGGUUUUUCUACCUGUAAAUGUAAAUCCCUUGUUUCUGGUAGUCUAGGUCACUGGCUGUCUCUGUCCUGGGUUUCGUGGUGUUGGUGCAGAGGGGUGGGUGGGAGCAGAACUUCCCCA